AGUAGAAAUAUUUCCAAUCCAAAAUUCAUCAAGACUUUAUGGCCAUUGCUUCUGCAAAACCUGCACCCAUAUACGCAUUCUAAGACUAAGUUCCAGCGGCAAGAGCUUCACCAUUCUGAUCUCUAAUGACCGCCGUCGUCCCAAAUCAACCUGCUGCAUCAGUAUUGAGCUUUGCACAAAUUGCAGAGUCCAUCCCCUUAUUGAACCAGCAGAGCCAUUUGCAGCAGAAAAAUCAACAUGUUAAAGAAUCAUUACUUGGGUUGUGAGGUGUCAAUGGAAGACAUGCGGCUGAAUUUGAACCAAACAACAUAGUUGUUUUAAAAAACAAACAAUCCCCCUCUAAUCAAUACUAUGUAAAAACUAGGUGUAGACCCGACUUGAAAUUUUAUGUAUAAAAUUGGAAUUACUUAUGAUAAAUAUUAUGUAUCAUUAGUUAUAUGAAAAAUCACUUGAAAAAUACAAGUCUUUACAUUUUCAUACAGGAAAAGUAAAAUGGUCAUAAAGAUGCUAACGAAAUUAAACUAUCUAUCUAUUAUAAUAUAGUAAUUCUCCGGCUCAUCUCUAUGCUACCAUCUAUAUUGGCCACGUCAGAUUUUAAUCCAACGUGUCAAACUUCUCAUUCUCACCUUUCUUCUCCUCGCUUGAAACUUGAAAGCCUCUCCUUAGUCGUUCUUUUUCUCCUCAUUGCAAGCCACUCCCUACUACUCUUCUCUCUAGCCGUUCUGCACUUGCUUCUUCCUCUUUAGGUAACGUAACGCUCACAAUGGAAGCGAUGCAGCCCCUUUUUCCUCUGCCCGCGACAAGUUCCCUGCGUUGUUUCAUCUCUGCCGGAACCCGCUGCCUUCAAUUUCGAUGGCCACCAUGACAAUUCGAAUCCGAUACCAUACCAUACCAUGUAAACGACACAGAUUCCCCCACGGUCUUUGCCUUGGUUGUGUCACUCCCCAAUUCAUCAAGGGCCUCGAUUGUAAUGGAGACAAAGGUAAAUCUCCCCCCUUCAGUAGUCAACAGCAUCAUCGCCACGAGGUUAGUAUGGAACAAAUUAUCAAAAAAGACCUUAGAUAUUCAAAGAAAAGAGUGACAAAUCAUUUUUAAAAAUUAUAGUUGCUCUGCAUUUUGGAAAUAACAUUCUGUUUUUACCUUUUUUAACAAGUGAUUUGAGAAACCUAAGUUCUUGGAUUUAUCUUCAUUGCGUUUCUACAAUUAACUAGACACAUGGUGAGUGCUCUCCGACAGUUAUAGCCAGUACUCUCAAUUCAGUUUCGCUUUUGCACAUAUUUCUUUUAUUGAGAACCAUGAUGCCAAUGUGUUACUUAAACUCGUGGACCCGAUUUUGAAGCCAUAUUCCACAAGGAGGUCUAUGAAAUUGCCUAGGAAGAUUCCUCAUACAAGGAUUCCAGAGUUUUAAUUUUAAUCUGGUUAUAGGGCGCCCUUGAGGAUUACUAUAUUAUAAUAGAUUCCUCAAGACUUUAACUAAUUGAUUGUAUUAUGUUAAAUCACAUUACUUCUGUGACCGACACUGAAAUUCUCGCACCAGACAAAUGAUUUUGCGGAUAAAAUUGUCAUUAGGUAUGAAAGUUUUGUUACUGCCAACAAAUCCACACACCUACAGGAAUAUAUGCACACACAAGAAACAAGAAGUAAAAUGGGAACAUGCAUGGGAAACAAAUAGAGAGGAACAGAGAGAAGAAAGUGACAUGAAACACCCUAGAUGUUAGUUAGGAUCUGGCCAUAAAUUCUCUUAUGUCAUGGUUAAUUUUGUUUUCCCCCAAAGGUAAGCAAUGUGCUAUUUUUUUCCUAUGAUUAUGCUUACAAGGAAGCAAAAAAAAUCCAACAGGGCUGCAGGUAUAUAAGCUCCAGAUUAGCAUCCAUAAAGGUUUUGAACAAAUAUAUGAGAAAGUUAUGGAAACUGGUAGAAUCAGAACAUGAGUGGCUGAGUAUCUAAUAAAGCUGGCUUCUAUAUAGCUUCCACAAGCUUAGAUAUAUGUGAGGAAACUACAAGCUGAUCUUGAUGUCAUUAUUUUAGUGAAGAAUUUUCAAUGACUCAUUGAAAAAAUAACAGCCUUAACGUCAGAAGCUUUAGAUGAGAGCAAGCUCUCAGCUAAUAUGAUGUCAUUUAUUUUUUUGGUCGAAAUGAUGCCAUUGUUAAGGGAAAAUAAAUACCUUUGAUCACAGAUACACAAGAUAAAUGAAGUUAUUGAAGCCCUCAUUGAAUUUUUUCCAACUGUCUAUAAUCAUUUUGUCAAUAAGACCCAUUUUUUGUGUUCAAAAAUCUAUAAGGAAACUCACAUAAUUUUUUGAUGAGUAUUCAUGUUUGCUCUUGGAUUUUGAUCAUUUUGUAUGCUUUUGGAUUUAUUUCAUUGUUCUUUCCACAAUGGUUAAAUUUAUGCACGUGAGCACCAAAUAUUCAGCUCAAAGCCGUAGAUGAGUAUUGGAAUGCCAGCUUACAUAAUAUUGAGCUUGCCAUGCAAGCAAAUUCUGACCAAAAUUUAGAAGCACAUAUGCUAUGUUGAAGUAAAUUUUAAAACUUUUGCUUGGAAGAUAGAAUCAAUGGGAAUUACGAGACAUAUUGAAAUCAAGAGAAAGAUGUAACAUGCCAAUCAUGUGCCCAUCCUCAACUUGAUGGGAUGUCUAGAAUCACUAAUUUUCUUAUUCACCAAUGCAUAAAUAAGUUUUGAUAUGUUGACCUUACUUUCUCUUUUAUCAUAUUUUCACCAACUUUCUCAUCAUAUCUAUUUAUUUUCUUUCAAUAUUAUACAUUAAAGGGCUAAAGAUUUUGAUAUAUUCAAAUCACACUUUCUUUUACAUCAUAUUUCCACCGACUUUCUCUUCUUAUACAUUAAUGUGAGCUAUGAUUCACUGACACCACCACCUCAUUUUCACUCUACUUUUUAUCCAUCUUUUUCUUCUUUCUUAAUUAUAUUAUCAGUCACAACUCUUAAUUACUUUCUUUCUCUUUUCUUUCUAUUUCUCUCUUUUCAACACCUCACCUCCACUUAUUGGAGGUGCAAAUGAAAGUUAGUUCAUUAAUGAGCUAAGUCUUCUACAUCGUUUCAACAUAAUACAUUAAUUUGAUUUUAAAUAAUUACAUUCAGUAUUCAGUAUUCAUUAAAUAUUAAAUUAUCUAUUUUAAUUUUAGCAUUUGUAAUAAAAUUAAAUUAUGAAAUAUUUUCUUGCACCGCGCAUCGCGCGGGUUUGAGUCUAGUUAAUUCUUAAUUCAGUAGAAUCUAUUUGUUAAGUUGUAAAUAAUUUGAACCUAUAAAUUCAACGAGUAGGGAUAUACUCACUCCAAGAGUAAGUCAUCUCAGACACUCCAAAUCUUUAACCGUUAAUUAUAUUAAAGGCUCAUAUUCAUCACUAAUUCCCUCACGUGAUUUCACAAAACCUGGCACAGGGAAAAACGUCGAUAAAAUUUUCUCAUCCUUGCAGCGCUAAACCAAGCUGUCGAGAGGGUUGAUCGAUGGCGGAGGUGAAUCCUAUUUCUCUGCUGCCGCAACCUCCUUCGCCAAGGACUACUAUCUCAAUCACUCAUUCUAUGGCUUCAGGUUCCGUUGAUGAAACAAAGGUAUUCUUAUGUAAUUUUGGGAAAUUGGUAUCAUUACGUUGAUAAAUCAUCUCUCAAGAAUUGUCCUAUCAUCUUGUUUGAUUCUCCUUGGCUGGGCACCAUUGUGCAGCGUUACAUAUCAAUAUCGUUUUGGGUGUCAUGCAUUAGGAUUUCUCCUUGGCUGGUUUUCGUGUUUUAUAUCUGUACUGGGAGGGAGAUGGUGUUUUGUUGCUAAACAUAUACUAUUUCUAGCCACCACUACUAUUUCCAAACUCAAACUAAUAUUUGUUUUUCUUUUAAAUUGGUAUUGGUUCAUCUAGUAAGGAUUUUACAACUAGUAUACUGGAUACUUCAGAUAUAGGUGGGGAAUUGAAUAGCAAACCUGAAAUUGGGAUGGAAUUUGAGUCCAUUGAAAAGGUUAGAGAAUUUUAUAAUUCUUUUGCUAAGAAGAAUGGUUUUGGAGUACGUGUUCGUUCAAGUAAACCAAAGAGAGCAGUUUUGGUAUGUUGCAAUGAAGGUCAACAUAAAGUGAAGAUCUCAAGAACUGAAGAAAUUCAAGAUAGCACUAAUCAAACUAAAAGAAAGUGCUCAACUAUCCGAAGUGGUUGUGAGGCUUCACUUAUUGUUUCAAGAGGCACAACCAAAAGUAAGUGGAUGAUAAAGUCUUUUAACAAUGAUCAUAAUCAUGUCAUGGUUAGUCCCAAAAGUGUGUCCUAUAUGAGGUGCCAUAAAAAGAUGAGUGUAGCAGCAAAGAGUCUUGUUGAAAAAUUUGAAGAAGAAGGCAUACCGACUGGAAAGGUUGCUGCAAUUUUUAAUGAUGGUGACUCAACUUUCACUAAUAGGGAUUGUUGGAAUUACAUUAGAAAUGUUCGGAGAAAGAAUUUAGAUGUUGGAGAUGCUCAAGCUGUUUUCGAUUAUUGUAAACAGAAACAAGUAGAAAAUUCUAACUUUUUCUAUGCAAUCCAAUGUGAUGAAGAUUCUCGGAUGGUGAACUUGUUUUGGGUGGAUGCUAGAUCACGAUUAUCUUACCAACUCUUUGGGGAUGUCAUCACUUUUGAUACCACUUAUAAAACUAAUAAGUAUAGUAUGCCGUUUGCUCCAUUUGUUGGGUUGAAUAAUCACUCUCAGUCUAUUUUAUAUGGUUGUGCUUUACUACAAGAUGAAUUAGAGGCUUCUUUUGUGUGGUUGUUUAAAACAUGGCUUCAAGCAAUGGGUGGAAAAAAACCUAUAUCUAUCAUAACUGAUCAAGAUUUAGCUAUGAAAGCUGCUAUGGCAAAAGUCUUUCCAGAAAGCCGUCACCGCCUGUGUUUGUGGCAUAUUAUAAAGAAGUUUCCUGAGAAGUUAGCUCACAUAUAUCACAAACAAUCUAUUUUCAAGCGAGAUAUGAAAAGAUGCAUUCGAGGUUCACAUAGCAUUCAAAGUUUUGAAGAAGAAUGGAUGCGCAUAAUGGUCGAGUAUAACUUGAAGGAAAAUGAAUGGCUUCAAGGGUUAUAUAAGAUUAGAGAAUCUUGGAUACCAAUUUAUAACAGGAGUACAUUCUUUGCUGGAAUGAAUACUACUCAAAGAAGUGAAAGUAUUAAUGCUUUCUUUGAUUCUUUUGUUGAUGCAUCAACAACAUUACAAGAAUUUGUGUUGAAGUUUGAGAAAGCUGUUGAAAGUCGCUUAGAGGCAGAACGAAAGGAAAAUUAUGAAUCAAGGCAUAAGUCUCGUAUUUUGAGUACCGGGUCAAAACUUGAGGAACAUGCGGCAUCUAUAUACACCAGAAAUAUUUUUGCUAAAUUUAAAGGUGAGCUAGAGAAAAUCAACCGAUUCACUAGACAUAAGUUUAGAAGAGAUGGGCCUAAAUAUGUGUAUCAGGUGUCCAAUUGCUAUGAUGCUCGAGAUACUUUCACUGUUGAUAUAGACUUAGACUCACAGAUUGCUAAAUGUGGCUGUGAACUAUAUGAAUUUAUGGGGAUAUUGUGCCGACACAUACUAGUAAUUUUCCAAGCAAAGGGAGUUGUUCAGAUUCCUAGUCAUUUUAUUAUGGAACGAUGGACUAAGGAUGCUAACAGAGGUCUUGAAGACACUUAUAAUGAUAAUGAUUUGGGUGAAAAAUCUGAUACAUUAAAGAUUUUAAGAAGGGUGCAUGUGCAACGAGAAGCAAGUUUUUUAGCUGAUCUAGCAGAAGAGUCUGAGGAAGCAUACAAUUUCAUUAUUUCAGAAAUGAAGCAAACUCAUAAGUCAGCUGCUGCAAUGAAAACAAGUGAAGGAGUAGCACUUUUGGAGUCAAGCGAGAAGAAUGUAAAUCAAGUUUGCUCAUCUGAGCAAGUGAGUGAACCACCACAACUGACUAUUGGAAACCCGCAUGUAUCACAAACAAAGGGGAGAAAGAAGGAUGGAGGAAAAAUGACUCAAAAUGGCAGAUUUAAGAGUGGACUUGAAGUGUCACUUAAUAAAUCAGUUGUCAAAAGGAAAGCAUGUCAUGAAUGCGGGGAGCACGGUCACAAUAGCAGAACUUGCACGAAAAGAAAUCAAAAUGAUUAAUGGAUACAUAACUGUUGGAGGAUUUUGGCUAUCUGUUUUGUCUUUGACAGACAAGUAAAAACCAACAAGUUUCUUUUUUGGCAAAACCUUGCAACGAGAAGUGCUGCGUGGAUCUGUUUAGUUGGCUCUUAGUGAGCAUUUGAAGUGUAGUGUGCUGUUUUUUGUGCUCUCUUUCAGAGGGAUGGAGGGUUGGAUUAGAAUUAUGUAUUAGGCUUCACUCUGUAGCAGUUAAUUAUGUUACUAUGUUAGAAUUAUGGCAAAUUGCAAUGAAUAAUUAGCAGGCUGUGUUCCUUAUCUUGUAAACUCUUACUAUAUCGUGUUUGUCAGUUUGGUACUUUUCUUUUGGCAAGUGGUAAUGAACAUGCUGUUUUGGCUCUUUUAGUACUAGUAACUUGUACAAUUGUUCAAUCAAAUGACAAUUAAAGAAAUAGUUGUCGUAUAAUAUUAAUAAUGUAAAAAUCUCUUACAAUGCAAAAAAUAAAACAGAUUCAAUUUUUUUAUGAACUAAUUCUCUAGCUAAAUACAAAAAUAGUAGCAAAAUACAAAAGUGUUGCUGUCAUUAGCUUUCACAAUGCAGCACUGUUUCACACAUCUAAGUACAUAAGCAUUGAAUUUCUUAUGGUCUCUUAAUGUCAGUUUGUUGUCUUAAUGGAAGUUCUACUCUUUCCUUGCUGGUUCUUCAAGUGGGAUUUACUUAUUUUGUAAUUAAUAGCAGCAAAUCCAGCAACUUUGCUUCUGUGUUUUAAGCUAAGUCGGUCUCAGCUUCUGUGUUUUAUCCUGCACAUUCAAAACACAAGAAUGAGAGUGUGAAUAACUUGUGUAUAACUUGAUUUAUCAAUAUCAUGCAGACUGGAAUUUGGGUAAAAUUUCAGCUUCAACAGUAACUAAUAUGUGGAGAUACAAAG